AAGCUUAGUGCAAUAGAGGGCUGUCGGCAAGCCAGUGAACAGUACACUAGGUCUUUAGGCCAAGUGUGAGAGACUGUCAUAGUGUAUAUACACCUGUAUACACUCACACCUGUACUACCACAGACGCACAGUGGCCUCUCGCUACGCGAUAAACUUAAUCUGGUGAUAGAAAAAUAAUCAUUGUUGGCUGUAAUUUGUACAUAAAGACAAGAAAAGAAAAAGGAAAAACGCAUUUUUCUUAAUUGCUGAGUGUCUUUCUUAACAUUGGGACUUUUAUAUACCUGUGGAGACACUGCUUUAUGUGGGUACAUCAAGUCGAGGAUUGGAUGCUGAUCGGAUUGUAAAGGUCAGAUACCUUUUGCUCUGGUUUGUUUGAACAUCCAUUGGCAAUAGGCACAGCAGAGUAAUUAUCUGUUCCACACCAAACUUACAAACUGUGACAUGGAGAACGCACCACUCAAAAAGCACAACCGAGAUUUGUUUAAAUGCAGGUCAGUAGUUUUAUAUACAGGAUGGAAGGCUUGUCUCUGUGCUACAAGUCUUGAGAGCUCAUUGUGAACACUACUCCAGUUUACCAAGUGGCCAACAAGAGUCAAUGUUUUUUGUGUUUCCUUUCUGCCUACUGUUCAUAAUUUCAGUGUAAUUUGUGAAGUUGCUCACGGAUUUGACGUUUGAUUUAAUAUUGAGAAGACAGGGACACUUCAAGUCGACAUUUGUCAUCAAGUGGAUAAUUAACUACCUUCUGGGAAAUUUCGUUAUGACAUCACUUUUUGACAGUUUUGCAUUUUAAGACUUUUAAGUUGGAGUUUUAACUUCUGUAUUUACUUUUUCUGUGUGAUAUAUUGAAUCUACUUUGUGACAAUGAGUCUCAAACUGGACAACCCCCACUUUACCAAUGGUGAUGUUCCCCCGUUUUAUGGCAGUAACCCUCCUCCCCCUCUUCUUCAUGUGUCUCGGGACCAGUUUUAUCAUCAUCUUGCCUACCUGGAGGAUGAACUGUGGCACAAUAACUCCAAUGUGGCACUGCCACACAAAAAACGCAGCAAGCACCUGACCUCUCCACCAACGGCCGAGACACAGGAGCAUGUAUCACCGCCGUUAUUCCGAAAUGAGGAACCGAAUCACCCUUCCCUUGCUACACCCUCAGAAUCGGACAGUGACAGUACUAGUACGCGCAAGCGGCACGAAAAACACCUGGCUCGCCAAGCCAGCUAUAGUGAACUCCACCAUGAACCAUUUCCUAAGUCUGCUGGGAUGAUGAGGAUCUGGGAACGAAGUCAAUCCCAACCUAGUAGUAGGAGGACCAGCCCCCUAGGGGGCCAGGAACAGGGGCACACAGAUUAUCGGGAUGUCAGCUCCAUGGUGACUAAACAUAAAGCAGCCCUUUCCCCACAGAGCAAUGGCAUGAUGGAGAAGGGAGGCGACCACGAAGGUGUCAUUAACUUGUCCACUGUGACCAAGGAAGGGCCGUCCCCACCAACACAUAAUGGUGACUCUCACUCCACAGAGAACGGGGACAUAGAAUCUCAGGGUCAACUACCACAUUCACCUCAUACAAAGGCCACUACAGGAAGUGGAGCUGCUAAACGUAAGACAAAGUCUAACAGCAUGGUGGAAUUGGGGGCAGGCAUUACUCCCCCAGGGCCACACCCCUCUCUGAUGAUGAUGGCCGCAGCCCAGCACGGCUUGAUGCCACCUCAGAUGCAGCAACUGCUUCAGCAACAGAACCAGGGUCUGUCGCCACAGCAACUACAGCAGAUCAUGCAGCACCAGUCCAUGAUGCUUCAGCACCAGCAGCAGCAAAAACUUCAAGACCAGGUGCUACAGGAGCUAAACGAGCAGUUACAGAUGAAUAUGCUGCAACAGUCACAAUUGAUGCAACAGCAGCAGCAGCCAGACAAGUCCAAGGUCGGGAAAGGUCAACUUCAGCAGCUUGCCCUCCAGCAGCAGCAACUAGUCCAACAGAUUCAACAGAUUCAGAUCCAGCAGCGUCAGUACCUCCUAGCCUGUCUUGUGCAGCCCUUCGGUGUCCCUCAGGGCAUGAUGUCACCGGGGGAAAUUCAGCAGCUAUGGAAAGAGGUGGCUAGUCAAUCCGGCUUGGAUGAGUCCACCAUGAAAAGUAACGGAACUGUUCCAACGUCAUUGGGUGCAGGUUUGCCCUCCCUCUCAUUUCCAACUCCGCCCACCAGCUGGGCAACAAAUGGCAUCACAGAUACCUACCUCAAUCAAGGCAAUUCUUCCCUCGGCCAUUCCACGGCGCAGGUUAAGCAAGAGCUGACCAGCCCGACUUCAUCCUACCAUGCGCUAUUCCGACACUGCCUCUGUAAAUGGCCCGGUUGUGAUACACACUGCGAGGACUACAUGUCCUUCCUCAAACAUUUGAGUGCUGAGCAUAUUCUAGAUGAUAGAAGCACAGCCCAGGCACGCGUCCAAAUGCAGGUUGUCAGUCAGCUGGAAAUCCAGUUAACACGAGAAAAGGAUCUUCUACAAGAGAUGAUGAAACAUCUUCACAUGAAACCGACAGACAGCAAGCCUCAUUCUGGGCUGUCCGUGUCAUCAGAAACGUCACAGAAGUCGCUGACGACGCACUCGCCUCCAAUCACCUCGUCCAAUCUACUUAGUCAGCUUCCCAGUCCCAACAAAUCAUUGACAGUUUCCUCCAACCCACUGAAGCUGUCCCAUCUCCCCUUAUCGAUGUCUGUCUCAGCUCCCCCUACGCCGGUCGGCCUCGUCGGUAACCCAAUGUCCCUGCCCCUGUUGAUUCCCCCUCCCCUCGGACAGACGCCCGUAUCAAAACCGUCGACUCCCCUAUCACAGGCGUCGUCCCUGCCGACCACGCCCACCAGCGCCGGUCCGAUGAGGAGACGCGUAUCUGACAAGUGUAAUCUGCCCAUAUCAGCUGAAAUCCAAAGAAACAGAGACUUCUACAAAAGUACCGAUGUUCGUCCACCUUUUACAUAUGCCUCACUGAUACGCCAGGCCAUCAUUGAGUCGCCACACAAGCAGCUGACCCUGAACGAGAUCUACCAGUGGUUCCAAAACACAUUCGCUUACUUCCGCAGGAACGAGGCUACGUGGAAGAAUGCUGUGCGACACAAUCUCAGUCUACACAAAUGUUUUAUGAGAGUGGAAAACGUAAAAGGAGCCGUUUGGACAGUAGAUGAAGUCGAGUUCUACAAAAGGAGACCUCAGAAGUUGGGAGGGAACUUGUCUAAGAGCCCCUCUUUGCAAACUGAACAUUCUGUGUUUGGUGAAAAUCUCAAUGCCAGUCUAAGGGUGGCACUGGAGCAGGCCAAUAGUAUGAUGAACCAUCAACUGUGUAAUGGUAAUGUGUCCGUGGAUGGCGUUGAAGACCUCUCAAUGAAGUCCAGUCGUAACAGCAGUUCAGACAGUCUAGCGAAGCUAGAACUACCGGCUAGGGAUGAGUUAAUGGGAAUUAAAUCAGAGCCAGACAUUGAAUCAGACACCUUUCUGGAAAACGGUCAUUCUCCGCUGGACAGAGUGGAUGGGGAGGAUGUCCGAGACUUGGAUGACGGUCUGACAGGGUCGGGGGAGGAGUUUGAGGAGGAAGAGGCAGCCAUGGAAACGGCAUGCGAGGACAUGCACCAAUCACAACAAUCAGUGUCUCCGUACGGACAAUUAUCGCCCAAUCAGGAUCUGUAUUUACAGUCAUUGCCGACCCAGCAAUCACAGGAAUCCGUGCUCUCACACGCCGUUACCAGCACAAUGGAGUCGUGAGAUCGUCUCGGCAUUUCUAUCGUAUUAUUAAAUCGUGCAGAUGUUGACUGUUCAUUCUUAUUUUUUAGACCAACUUUUAUUCUAGAUCUGGACUGCUUGAUUACAUUUAUUAAGUUAUGGACAAUGUGCAGUGUAGGACUGAGUCUGCCUGCAUUGUAUUAUAUUGUGUAUUAUAAUAUUGUGCAAGUCAAUCAAAGACAUUUUUGGACAAUUUGUUUGUGUGUGGUACGGAUGUUGGGGUGUGUUCAUGCUCUAGUGCUCAAUUUGGGUAUUUGAUUGUUAUAUUUUAAUUUUGAAAGAUUAAAUCCUUAGGAUUUUUUAUAUAUACACAUAUACAUAUUUCAUUCAAUCGGGCCAAAGUUGAAUUCCAAUUUUGAACAGCCACGUACUGACAAGGGAAAUUUCCACAAGCUAUGACAAGGAAACGUGCUUUUGUAUACCUUAUCUACCAUGUCUCUAUAUUGACAAUACAGUUCGUUUAAUCUAGGACACAAAGUGUCGAUAAACCUGCACAAAAGCUUCAGUUUUCCAUCUAUUUGAUAUAUAAUGGUACAUUCAAAUUUGCGGUUUCUAUAAACAGAAACAUUUGUCAUUUUACAAAUAAUUUUGGCUUGGUUAUAUUCAGCUCAAAGUCAUAUGUAGCCACGACGGUUUUGCUUUGUAAAAAAAAAAAACGUUUGAAGUAUUAGAAUUCAUUUUCUUAUUUCAAUAUGUGUGUGUUGUUUUGGAGUGCAAUAAUCAACCAAAUCUUGUUGCAAUAUUUUUUUUUUCUUAUUCAUUUUUUAAACUUCUCUAACCCGUUUCAUACUUGUAUAAAAAUCAUCAGACAGUGGAGCGGUUUAAACACCAUUGAAGUCAUAAUACUUUCACUAAAAAAUCUCACGUUUCUCAAAAUACAACUUAGUAUGAAUCGUGUUCUGAAAAUUAUGAAAUUAGAUUUUCCAGAAACAAAAAAUUAAAUUUGAACCUCUCAAAUAUGUUUGUUAACAUUUUAGACGUCAUUGUUUGUGAAGUUUUAUAAAUUUGAUUCUUGUAGAUUUGGAUUUGGUGGUACUGGGUCUUUCUUUAGGAGUUCCAUCAUCAUAGAGAGUUUCAAGUUUAAAAAAUAAACAUAAUGAAAAUUAUGAUAGAUAGUAAUUAAUACAUUCACAGUGCUCUUUCUUGUUUCAACUUUUCCGUUUAAGUUUAUUUUCUUUUUAUUUCUGUUGAGUUUUGUCCAUGAAGUUUUUGUUUGAAUUUUGAAUACUGAUCAUGCCAUUGUUACAUGAUAUUGUAAGCCCUAGUGUAAAUCCUUCAUCACAGGUAGCUAAGCACUGCUUGAACUUGUCAUAUCUCAACACAAUGAAAAACAAUUGACACAUUUCAGGCAAAAUUGUUCGUUUUGAGUCACCAAUAGAUUUUGUUUAAUUUUGAGGUGUACAUUUUAUUUUAGAAGUGUCAUUGCCGUGCUAUAUAUAAACUGCAUGAUUGAUAUGUCGCUGGUGAUAGAUAGGUACGAGGAACAUUGAUGGAUCGUCCAGGAUAAUUCAUGUUUAUUCUAUUUAUUUCGCGUAUGCAUAGCAAAAUAGUUGGGAAUUAAUCAGGGUUGUUUUGUGAUGGUGAAAGAUGACAUGUCAAAAAUUUUAAUUUUCUGAUUAGUAACACUUUAUAAUGCUUACAUGACACCUGUGCUUUUCUUAAAAAUGACAAACACUUUUCCAAGUCUUACUUAUUUAAAUUUGACUUAUUUUAAGUUAAGACUAUAACAAGUACAAAAGCUAUAUUGCUGUUAAUUAUGCUGUUGCAAUAACCAUUUAAUUUUUUUUUUUUUUUAUUAUAGAGCGUUUUUAUCUUUUUUAUUUUUGUUGGGCAUAGACAUAGGCAUUAAUAUGAAUUGUUAAGGAAAUAUUUUUGAAAGGAUUUUUUUUUUUUUUUUUCAUCACACAUUUUCACGGAAUUGAGUAGUGAAUUGGUGUUAACUCAGGAUUACAAAGCAGUGCUGACCUAUAUAUAAUCAGUGUUUCAUUAUUAGUCAUAUUGACUUCAAUAAGCAGCUUUAUGACUGCCCAGGGAAAAAGUUUGGGCAAGAUUUGAGGAUUUUUGCCCAUAUUUUCGCGGUGUAUAUCAUUUUUUGAAUGUAUUUUUAUUAUAUAGGAAAAUUCCAUUUAAUUUAUUCAAAACUCUUAAUUAUCCCAUAACAUUCAUCACUCAAAAUUAUCUCUGCUACAAUUUGUUAAAAAAUAUAAUACAUACAAUUGUUAUCUUUUUAUGUGUGAUAAGCUUCACAUAUAUUUCUAUUGAUUGAAAAAAGUAAUAUUAAAACAACUACCGAUUUCAAUCAAAUUUUAAGUAAAUUCUUUACCUUUCAUAACUUAGUGUUUGUGUAUAGAAAUGUAUUUUCCUUCAUUUGACAUCUAUUCACUUUAAUUAUUUCUUGGAAAAUAGUUAACAUUAUGGAAUUUGAAAUGAAGAACAAGUCAAACAUGGAAUUUUUAAUAUGAAGUUAUUGCUGACAGCACCUGAGAAUCUAGACACUAAUGAUUUUAUUGUCAGCUUUGUUGAUUUUUGUAGUUUUUGUUGUUUGAAUUUUUUCACUGGUUUGGGAACAACUGUUAGCACUGUUUGCAAAUAUUCAUUACAAAAGAUUUACACCUUUCAGUCCUUACAGACUAAGUGUUCUGAUACAGCAUCAGAGGAAAAGGAAUCGGUCCGUUCUAAAAUGCCACAAAUUUGCACGUAUAGUGCACACUUGUGUAUAAUUCGCAGGUACGUUUUUGAGGGGGUUUUUUUUUGAAGGAAAAAAAUAUUGAAAAAAAAAAAUUGGAUUUUUUUUUUUUUUUUUUUGCAAUGUUAAAACAUUAACUGUCAGCCCAUGGUCACUUUUGACACAAACAAAAUUUUUCGUUUGGUCUAUCGAAACAAGCUGAAUGAACAUGUAUCUGUAACCGAACGUAGAGCUACCGCAGUAGAUAGAGUAUGGAAAUCAAAAUUUCAUUUACUCUAUUUUGGUGUUUUGUUAGUUUUGUCUCCUGAUGUACCACUUUAAACUAUUGUAUAUUUAGAAACUGUGUAUAUUUUAUAUCGAUACAUGGACAGGGACUAGCACAUAUGUGUGUAUAUGUGUGUAGCUUGUGCGAAUGUCCUUAACUUAUACAGAGCAAGCAGGAGUGUGUACGAGCAAUGAGCUGGGUACAUUUUGUCUGUGUGGGCUCUUUUGUGUUCCGUUUUUAUACAAAGUCAAUUUUGGAUCUCAAUUAUGUUUUUAUUUUUUGUUCCGUAGAAAAGCAUUAACAGUGGACUAGUACAAUAGUCCAGUUGAUGAGUUUGAUGUAUAUAGAUCAUUUAAAAUAUUUACUGGUAGUCAGAUUUUAAAUUUGAUUACCAGGGGAAAUAGUAUUUAUGUAAGAUAUUUCCAUGACUUAUGUAUAUAUAUGUAUAUAUAUAUAGAAAGUGCUUCUAUCAGUAUUUUGAAUAUGUUUAUUUCAUAUUCAAAGUGUAUUCAAUGAAUCGCCUUUCCUGGCAGUUAUGUAACAGGAAAGCUUUUAUGUUUUUUUGUCUGAUCUGAAAAUAUGAGGAAAUUAUGAAAAAAAAUUCCUCAUUAUUAUAGCUUUACUUAUGGAAGCAUUUUGCACCUGUCUUUAUUGAAAGGUGGUCUGCAGUACUUAAAAUAAAUAGACGUUAAUAUGAUUUGAAAUGGAUAAAGAAGGGUUUAGCUUGUAGUUCAACCAAAGAGACCUCCCUAACCUCCUGAUGAGCAUUUGUAGAUAGUCUACCCAUGGACCAAACAGGUGAUUUAUACACCUGGCAAUUGGAAAUUGCAAGCUUUAUAACUGAAGUCAUUUACGCUUUAGCUAUUUGACCAAAUAAGGCUGACAUGUUUGAAUGUACCUCUAAGAAUGGCAUUAUUAAACCGUAUAUAUAUGAGUUUAGCAUAACAGUAAUAUUUCAGCCAUUAGGUUGCGGCGGUCUGUUAUAUCAGUCACACGUUUGAUUUUCCUCAUGAUGCCCAUAGGAUGUAGACGUAGAUCUACACGGAACACAGGGUGUGGUAGCGUAAAAUAUUUUAAUCAUAUAUACAGGUUGUGGACAAGGAGUUAUCUCCCUUUAGAUAGGCUGGAGCCAUUCAGCACUGAGCAUAGGGCACCUCCCACUUUAUUUUGACUUAUAUAUUAUUGUUUCUGAAACUACAAGUUUUUAGGAGUUGUGUAUGACCUUAUUUGACAAUCAAACACGUUUAAAUUUACAAAAGAAGGGAGUUAAAUGGUUAUCUACCGGAAGUUGUCAAAACUACUCCAAAGUAUUGUUGUUAAAAUUCUUUGUCAUUCAUGUAUCCAUGUAUCGUUGUAUAGAUCAAUUUCUAUGUUUUCUGCAGACUUAGUCUAGCCAGAUUUUCCUCCAUUCAUGAAUUAUCUCCCUUGGAUGAUAUACAGACCUCCUGGGGAGAUAGCAUUGUUAUUUAUUUCAUUUGUUAAUAUGUGUAAUGAAGGGAGGGACACUUAGGUGUUGUCCUCCUGAUUACUGAUCACUGAGCAGGAGAAACUACUGAACUGUCUUACUUUAGGUACUCCUAACCUCUCAUUACUGGGGGUGAAACUGGAGGGAUAGGAAAAGUUUCAAAUGCCCUACUGAAGAGACUAUUAAGAACUUUGUAGCUGUAAAGAGAGUCUAGCACUGUGGUGAACUGAUGGUUUUAGGUGUGGACUAUUGCUAGAGCAUGAACCGUGUUAACUUCAAGCCCUAAGGAAGAUGUUUCGUGGGAUGUCUUCCCGUGUGAGGAGGACAUAGUUCUGGACGGCAUUGAAAUAUCUUAGUUUAUAGCUGAGCUUACACACCAGGGUUCAGGGCUGUGGUGAUAGAAAUCUGUUACAAAUGUGACAUAUAUCCAAGUUCAUUGCUUCGGUGACGUACCCCAGUCCAGGGCCGCUGUGACACACCUCUAUUCAGGGCCAAGGUGAUAUAUCCAGGUUCAUGGCCACAGUAACGUACCUCGUAUUCAAGUCCAAAGUGACUUUCCUCUGUUAGGGACGCGGUAACGUACCCCGUUUUCAGGACCAAAGCGACUUCCCUCUGUUAGGGACGCGGUAACAUACCCCGUUUUCAGGACCAAAGUGACUUUCCUCUGUUAGGGACGCGGUAAUGUACCCCGUUUUCAGGACCAAAGCGACUUCCCUCUGUUAGGGACGCGGUAACGUACCCCGUUUUCAGGACCAAAGCGACUUUCCUCUCUGCAGCAAUGUAUCCUGGGUGCUCUCUGUGUGUUCUCUGUCUAGUCACAUUGUUUGCUCUCUUAUUUAUUGCAUCAUUUGUGCAUAAUGUUGACAUCAACUUGAAAAAUUAUUUGUUGGUAUGUCUCAGGAAAAAAAUUAAAAACAGGUCUUUUUAUAUAAAAAAUAUUUUUAAAAUUUACCAAAAAAAACAACAACAGAAUGAACAGCAUGCUGGCUUAGGUCAUCAAUUUGGACUGCUGAGUUGUAAACUUGUGCAGUUGUGUGUUUUUGUUUUUUAGCUUUCCUCUAAAUGAAUAUUUUUGUCAUAUUUUUCAUAGAAAGAAAAGAUUGUUGGACACAUUUUGGUAUAAUGAGUCAUUAGUGAUUUUUAAACACAUUUUUUAUGAGUCACAUGGUCAUAACUUGGUCAUGUGAUCAGUCAUGUGAUGAUCAUGUUGUCAUGUAUGUAACAGUUACACAUGGUCAUUUGACAUGAACUUUUCAUUUACUACUUUGCACAAAUGUUGACUUUUCUUUGGACCAAUUACAGCAGGUGUUUCAUCAUCAUCCAUUUAUCUGUUGUAUCAUCCAAUCACAUCAGGUUUUACAUCACCCCCCUCAUAGACCGGUGCAUUUAUAUUUCAUCCAAUCAGAUACUGUGUCUAAUCUUAUGUCAUUUUCAAACAUGAGUAAUCAUUUCCAGAGUAAGAAUUAAAAUUGCAGUAUGCCGGAGAAAAAAAA